AUGGGCGGUGACCCGCCGGAGCAAGAUGAGUGCCCUUGCAGGAAUGAGGAAGUCUGGGGGAAAUCUCUAAGCAUGGAAGUCAGACUCACCCAUAGAGGAAAAGAUGACUUAGGAGACAGGAGGACCCUUAUGGGAACAAAAUCUCCCACGGAGCUGGGACUAAGAAUGGGAUUAGGAAAAAAAGAUUGCAAGUGGAGGGAGAGCUCUGUGGUUAGUAAUAAAUGUUGUGAGAGGAUGGCAUCCCCAGAAACAAAAUUUCCAGGGCUAGAAAUGGAAUUAGAAAGACAGACUAUUUCCAGGACACCCAGGGAGAAGAGUAAUUUAGGUAUCAACAGGGUCGCAGACUCCCCGGGAACACAAUCUCUGGGUAGGUUACCAGGAAGGGUAGGGUUAGAAAAUGAGUGUCUUCUGCCAGGGUGUCCCCAUGGAAGGGAAAUACAGCCUUCCUUGGGCAUGGCGCAUACAAGUCCACAGGCUGUAGGGAGCAGGAGGGGGCCUAUGGCUAGUGGUUCUGAAAGGAUAGAGGCUUUAGUGGAAAAGCAAUCUGUUUUAGGUUUGGAACCAAGAAAGGAAGUGGAAACAGAGCCUACCUGUGUUGUGGUGAAACCCAGCACAAAGAUGAACUGCCUUGUGGCGGUUGACACUGGGCUGCCCCAAGUGGAGGAGCCAGAUGAAAAGAAGGAUACAGAUCUCCAGAUGGGCUUGGUGAUAGAACCUCCCCAGUACCAGUUUUUCCAACCACCUGAAGAGAAAAAGGAGGCUGAAAACACUGAACCAGGAAUAGAACCUCCAGAUUCCAUCAGACCCAUAUACUCUGGGAAGUUUUUUGAUCGGAUGCCUUGCUGCCCAAGUGCAGGAAAAGUUCAUCCGAUUGGACACAGAGUUGCAACCUGUUUGACUGAAAGACUUCCUAGGCUGGUUACUCCACCAGAGACAAAAAAAUAUUUCAACUUCAGAUAUCCAUCUCUUGGAGCAGAAAGAGUAUUUUAUGGCAGAGCAAAUGAUCCCCAAAUUGCACCUUGUUUGAUACAUGGAAUAAAAUCUAAACUUUCAGUACCGGUAAGCACAUUGAUAAAUCCACAGCCUAUUACCACAUUUCAACAGAAAGUUGAAGAUAAAAAAGAAUCUGUAUAUUUAAGUAAUCAACGGGCACCAUUAGGAAAAUCUCAUGAUCAAACACCAGGAUUACCUAAAGGACUGGAUAUAAUCAAUACGACAUUUGGGACAGCAGUCAUUAGAGAAUUGUCUGCUAGAGAUGUAGUGAAUCCACCAAAAUCCUAUGAGCAAGUAUUUAAAGAAGGAAGGGAAGGACACGAUUUGUACAUCAUUUCUCACAAUGAUUACUAUGUAGGAGAAGCAAAGAACCGAAAGUAUAACUCAUCAAGUUUCCAUAGGUUUAACUUGUUUGGAGUCCCAACACCACAUUUUAAUGAUGGAAGAACCAUGGCAAAAAGUUUAUAUUGGCUCCAUGAACUACAAAUGAAAAAAGGAGCUAAAGUUGUAUCCAAGAGAGUUGAUGAUUUUAAAGAAAAGUUUCAACAUAAGCUUGGAAGAGUUUUCGAUCCCAUUGCAGAAACCAUGAAUGUUCCCCAAAGCCACACAUUUGGAGCUUGUCUCCGUCCUGAGGAAUAUGGAGUUGGUGAUCUCAUCCACAAUAGACUUCCUGGUGAAUGUCUUCGGGGGAUGGAUAGACAGCGAGCCCUGAUUGCAGCAGUUCGACAUCACUUGAAGAAAUUUAAUUGCCAGAACUUUGACAGUUUGCUGGCAGCCUUCAGGCACUAUGACAAGAAAGGAGAUGGGAUGGUAGAUAAAGAGGAGUUGCAGGAAGCUUGUGAUGGGGCCAGUUUGCACUUGGAUGAGAAGCUCCUGGAGCAGCUGUUUGAGUACUGUGACGUGGAUAACGAUGGCCUGAUCAAUUACCUGGAAUUUGCAAAUUUUCUGAACUGGAAAGACAAAAUGCCUCUUAGAGAGUAUGAAGAGAAGGUCAUCAUCAAAG